AUGAUGGACUCGGCCGUUGAGAAACUUCUCGUGACGCUUGUUGACGGGCGGUCCGAUGGUAUUCGUUUCCGUCAGGAUAACCUUCGCAGUCUCCAUGAAGAAAUGCGGAAGGAGUCCGGAACGCUAUGCGCUGCGCAGGAGAAGGAUACCGGAGCUUCACAGGCGGAGAUAGAAGCCGAGUAUUACCUGGCAAUGGAGGCUGUUCGUCACUUUUAUGAAUCUUUGGACUUUAGUACGGAACUUGAGGCCGAGUAUUUUGUGGCGCAAGGAAAAGACAAUGCGGGCAGGCGAGCUGGGGCUGGGCUGGUGAUAAUCAGGCCGACAACAUACACUCGAUUGUUCUCCAUCCUGAACCCACUUGCGGCGGCCUUGGCUGCCGGGUGUGUUGUUGCCCUUGAGCAAAUUUUCCAGCUCGAGGACACCCUGCUACAGCUCGAUUCUGUUCUCCGCAGCAUCUUCACCCGAGCCUUGGAUCAAAAUGCCUUCUGCGUCACCAAGAAGAUCGCAGACCAAUCUCUUCUUGACGCAGCAAUCCUUGUGGAUCAGACAGGAACUGCGCCCAGUGCAAACCGAGUAAAUCAUCUUGUGUCCGCCAAUACCACACGUGCUGUGGCCAUUGUUGAUCGCACUGCCGACGUGGAGGCUGCGGCACAGGCCAUCACAGCAGCUCGGUUCGGUUUUGGCGGACAAUCGCCGUAUGCGCCGGACUUGGUUCUCGUCAACGAGUACGUGAAGAAGGAGUUCUUUGAGGCUUGCUCGAAGCAUGCCACUCUCGCUUUUGCGCGUGAGACGACCGUUCGACGGUCAAGUGACAACCAAAACGAGCAGACGAGGAGGGCCGUGCAGGAGGCUGAGGAGAAACGGUUGAUAUCCAGCUUCGGCUCGCGCGACUUCAAGUUAAUCGAUAUCAAGGACAAGGAUUCCUCACUACUCAAUAUGAAAAUCAGCGGGCGCUUCCUGCCCAUCGCGAUUUCUUCGGGCUUGGUAGACUCGAUUUAUACGCACGAAUUUGAACAACCUCUCUUAGCCAGUUAUCUCUUUGCUAGCCCUGAUGCGGCGAAAUACCUCUCCCAACACAUCUCUUCACAUGUCUCCUAUGUCAAUCAAAUCCCAUCAAGCCUGCUUCUCGGCCCGGCAGCCCCCACCUCACACGAUCCGGUUUUGGAAUUCCGUUAUAGCAAGGCAAUGUUCUCAGUAUCCAGACCGCAGAUCAUCGAAAAGACUUCCGGGUCACUUGCAAAAGUUGAGCAACUCCUUUCCGGCUCAAGUGGUAUCACUGCUCAGGGGAUGCGAACGUUGGCUGUUGCACCAUUGAAGCCGACGAAUCAACCUGGAAAUAGUAGGUUGGGAUUCUUCGAGCAGGGAUUCGUGCUCGGCGCCAGCCUUAUCAUGAGUGUUGUGUUGCCAACUCUAGCGUAUGGAACAUGGAUCGGUGGUCGGCGAGCGGUGGAUUACGUGCUGAAGCUCAGGCGCUAG